UCGUCACGAUCGCACGGGAUUUUACGAGAGGAAACCAUUUCCGAUCAAAACAAAAAUGGCGCCCAACUGUCCAGAAGAAGUCGACGUUUUUACAGUGCCCCAUUCUCGGAUGAAGGAGCUUGUGCACAAAUAUUUGGCCAUGAUGACAGAUACAAAUUUCGCAGAUGUCCACCACAUGACAAACCUUCUGGAAAAUCUCGUCAAUGCGUUUCAUGAGUUCAGAGCCCAUGAACAAAUUGAGAAUAAAUACAUAAUGAAAAAACUAAAAGCAAAACUAAAUGCGCUUUCGAUUCGGAGCUCAGCUGUGUGUAACUGUCACUCAGACAACAAAUUGACGGAGAUGUUAAUGCUCCUCCAGGACGGCUACCACUGUCGAGAGAAGGGGGAGGUGGACAGGCAGAACUACGGGAUUAAGCUGCGGUCAGCACUGGAGGAUUUUACUCAGAAAUUCAUCCCUCACAUGGAAGAAGAAGAGGAGAUUUUUCAGCCCAUGCUGAUGAAGUAUUUUUCCUUUGAAGAGUUAAGGUCCCUGAAAUCUAAAGUGAUCAGAAAACAUCAACAAACCAUUGAGGAAGAAUUUGUUGAGAAUGAAGAAUGUGUUUCCUCAUCUUCUGAUGAAGAUGAAAAAUGUAUAUCAGAAUCCCGCCGUGAGCCCCAAGGUGUUGAAUGUUUACCUGAUGAAGUCAUGAUGAACAUCUUCUCCUACCUGAAUCCUAAGGAGUUAUGUACCUCUGCCCAGGUGUCAAAAAGAUGGAACAGUCUGGCCAUGGAUGGAUCUAACUGGAGAGUCCUUAGACCUGUUCAGUGGUUCAAGGGACUCUGGUCUCGUCAGGAGAAGAUGGACAUUGAGCUCGAAGAGAGGGAUCUAGAGAGAGCAGAGUUUUAUCCAGUCGAUGUGAAGUAUGAUGAAGAUGCUGAUAUAGAUGAGUCAGAGGAAAGUGAUGAUCUUGAUGACAUGUCUCCAGAGUGGAUACUGGUUGAGAAAGAGUCCAGGAUGUUGACUUCUAUGGUGAAGCACCUUUUCCCCAGGGUGGGAGCAAGUGUGGUCGAGUUACACCUGGGCUACAGCCGGGGAUUAACUAAUGGAGUGCUAUACAGAAUGUUGAGCUGUUGUGCCAAUAUUGAAGUGCUAGACCUCACACAGACGAGGGUAUCAGACAUCGGAUUUAAGAGUUUGGGCAAAAACAGAAGUGGCAGAAAACUGAAGCACAUAAACUUAUCCGGCUGUGUAAACAUUACCGAUGUGACCCUACAGAAAAUAUCCACAGCACUGGGAUGUAAGGAAGACCCCAGAACAGAGAGAGGAAGUGAAAAUUUGAGUACCUGUCACUUCAGAGGAAGGACAUGCUGUCGUGAAAGAGAGGCUCAUGGUAGACAACAAGAGGACUUGGGACUUGAUUUUGAUUCGGUGGAUGCGGCAUUGCGUAAUGCUUGUGAUUUUGUAGAGCGUGAGGCAAUGGCUAGACAUUUGAUUGAUUUUCUGGAGGGAGAGAAUAUGUUUUCUUCCUUCAUACACCAGUCAUUUCUGCCACCCUUACUAAGGGAUCAACAAAGAACAUUUGAGUUGAAUAGUUGCAUAAAAAACAGUUCUGGCUUGGGCACCAAGAAAAAAAGUUAUCGAGCAAUGAAUGAUUGGAAUUCCUCGUUUACAGAAAAUCAGGAGUUAUUCCCCAUAUAUCAUACCAACACAAACAUUUUGUCUGAGAAUUCCUCACACAGGAUUAACCCCAAUGUAGAGAGGAAUGUAGGGGAUACCCAACAAAGGACUAGUUCCUCCCCAGAGAGGAUUUGUGGGAAUUCCCCAUACAGGACUAGCGCCUCCUCAGGGGGUAAUGGUGGGGCUUGUUAUGUCUGUGAUAAUAGUGACAGUGACACUCCCCAGAGGGCGCUGCAGUUCCUCUCUCUCUCCGGUUGCUCUUUGGUGACAGAUGAAGGAAUAAGCUUUUUAGCCAAGGAUGGUGGAUUGCCUCGUCUGGAGUACCUGGAUUUAUCCGGCUGUAUGCAGAUAACAGCAGCUGGAUUGUCAGAGCUGGUCAGUACCUGUCCUCGGCUGGACCACGCCCAGCUGUUUUACUGUGAUAAUAUGCUGGAUGAUCCGUAUGCCACGACAGCUAGUGGGUGUCAGAACCUGGAGGUUCCCACUAGGAGGUGCUGUCGGUCUGGAUAUUAACAGGUCUCAGUUACCAUGGAUAGAUAUCAUCUUGGAUACAGCUUUGACCUUUUACAUCUCCUGGACUCAGACCGUUUGAAGUGCUCCAUCUACAAUGUCGUAAAUCACCGUGAUUGCUGAUUUCUGUACAGAUGUUGAGAGGUUCCUUUUAUAGGUCCCUCAGCUGUUUGGAGUUAACCUUAUUGUUCUACUCAGUUGACUGAGAGUUUUGAUUACUUUUCCUAGUGAAUUAAUCAUUCAUCUACAAUUUUUAGUCCCACUGGAAACUCUGAAUUUACAAAUAUACCUGAUCUCGAUCCAUUGUCUUGCUUCCUGAUUGUAAAGGGCUUUAUUGUAUAUAGCUAUAACUUGUGAGCUAAUUUGGAACCCAUCUUUCUCCCAGGAAUACUAGAAAUGCAAUGCACAUAUUCAUUAUAAUUUUGCAAUCAUUUGAAACAUUUAUUUCUAAGCAUUAUAUCCAAUAUUCUUAAAUCAUCAUUACAAGAAUAGUACAUGAUGUACACAAAUGGGUAAUAUUCCUAGGCUUUUGAAUGUACAUAUAUAUAUGCAUAGAAAGUUCGUGAUGCAGAUGUUUGGUGCAAUGGAAUUGGUCGGAAUUUUUUUUAUACAUAUUAAAUUUCAAAUAUAAAAAUGUUUGAAGAUCAAACACUUCUCAGUAGUAUGAUUUUUCCAAUUUUGUUUUCAAACAAAAUCUCAGCACUGGUAUCAAGAUUUUUUUUUAAAAACUAACUUAGAGAAGUUUUCUAAAUUUCUACAGUCUCUGAAAUGUUCUACCAUUGCUUUUUCAGGUCUGCUUAAGUUCAUCAUUUGCUCUCUGUGGUUAAAUUGUGAACUGAAAUAAAUGUGACAACAAAAUAAGUACAGGUAUUUUAAACCCUGAUGUACUAUGUGAAUACAUAAGACAACAUAAAUGAAAUUUGGAAAGCUAAUAAGAAUACAAGGAAGGAACUGGUAUUUUACAUUUUUCCUGUUCAACGAUCAUUCAAUAUGUGUUCAACGUUCAAUUGUAUUCACACUCGAUGUUUACUCCCUGUUCAUCAUUUACUCUUCAUUGCUCCUAGCUUCAUUCCGCCUGGUUAGGGGUACUAGAACAUUUCAGGGACCUGAUUUGAACGCAUUUUUUAUAAAACAUAAAUGGAUUAGAUAGCAGGCAUUGCCUAUAUAAGCCCUCUACAGAGGUAAAAGGUUCAUUUAAAUCAUAUAAUAUGUACUAAAUAUAGUUAACAGGUACAUAACAUCAGUAAGUUGUAUUUUAAACUGAUUGAGAAUGAAACGGGGGAUAAAGAUUUAAAUGCAUGAUUACCAGUUUUAUGAGGGGAAAAAAAAGGGGGAAAAGUUAGUAAGUGGGAUGUACCGCAGAAAUAAAAUACAAAGUGUCAUUCAUUAGAUUACAUGAGUUUACAGGGACUCAGCAUCGUAACAGCUUAUAGUGAUAAUAAACUGUGAACUGUCAUUUAUAGACAACUGUCUCAUUUGUCAAUGUAAAUACUGCUUUAAAGAACCCUAAAAAUUUUAUUUUCAUAAAAUACUUCGUGUGAAAAUACAGAGGUAAAGAGAAAAUUUGGUAAGAGUGUGUUGAUGCACAUUGUCAGAAGGAAAAAGGAGAACGUUUAUGAUCCAGUGUGAUUGUACACUAGGAUAUAAUGUAUUGUGGUCAUGUUUUUGUUACUCAGUAUAAUAUAUACAUGUACUGUGGUCAAGUUUUGUUAAUUUGUUGGAUGUGACAAGAAUAACAUUUUUUCAUGGUGCCAAAGUAUGAUUGUUGAGAACUUUUAUUUAUGAAAUGUAGAUCAAUUGUAGAAUAUGCAGAUUGGUUUUUGAUUCUUUUUUUGCCUAUCCUAGAGUUAUCCAUGUAAAACACAUGAUAAAUAAUUGAUUACAUUUUAUCUAAUUUUAUUAUCUUGUGCUCUCAAAAUUCUUGCAAAGAAAGCAAAAUUUGGAUUAUUGCUUAAAGGGUCAAAGCUAUGAAUUUUCCUCUUUUCACAUUCAAUUUAAUCAUCAGACAUUUUGAUUCUGAUCUAAAGACAAAUUCUUUUAUCAAUACCAGCAACUUAUCUGUUUAUCUUGAAUCGAGACCUUUUCCAAUGGUCCACGUUUGUAUAGUUUGUAAAAGACGAUUUUAUUUAGAGUCCAAACUCUGAAUGUUUUUCAGAAAUUUUGUUAUUGUUUUGAUUUGAUAUUUGUUUUAUUUUGACCAAACUCAAGCUAUGGCCAGAAAGCCAGGUGACAAAUGACUUCAAAAUAUUAACUUUCUUCCAAUAAUCAAGGUUAUGUAAAUAUGUAUUUCAAAACUUAAAUGUUGUAAAGACAGUCAUUUUUGUAGGGGAGACUCAGACAUGUUUUGGUGGAUAAAAAGGGAACAUUCUUUUUGGUUUUUUGUAAUGGCUAUGUUGCACAUGAUUUCUUCAAUUGUUUGCUAUGAACGCUACUAAUAAAAAGGCACAGUCUUCGUUAA